GCUACAUUUUACUGAGUUAUAAAUCAUUUAUUAACUGUUUACAUAUUGAUUAUUAAUGAUAGUUUGGGAGAAGUGAGACCAAAAUUACUACAAGACUUUUAUUCUAAAUCUUUGCAAAACAUGAUCUCAUCAGUCAGAUUGAUCACAUGAUGUUAUUGAUCAGCUUGAACAGUAACUGAUAAAGUUCCUGGCACUGUGUGUAAGUAUAUUGAGCUAUAAUUUAUAAUAUUACACACUUAAAAACAUAUUUGAACAAUGAAAUGAUUCUGAUUCUGAAGAAGAGCUUUCUGCCAGCGAUUCCUGAGAAAUAUACCCUCCACUGCUCUGAACCCACACCUCCUCCUCAUCCUCCCCCUCCUCCUCCUCCCUCUGCCCUGCUGGACCAAUCAGAGCCCAGUAUUCCUGCCAGCCAAUCGGAUGGCUCCAGGGUGAUGUCAUGCAGCAGGCUGCUGUUUGGUGCUGAUGCUGCUGAGCUGCAGAUCUUCAGUCUGAACAGAGAGGAGAGAUCGAGCAUCACUGCAGGGAACAGACUCUACCUCACCACAGUGUCUUUGCAAGAAAACAACAGCAACAACAGCAGCAGAAUGACUCUAGCAGCAUACAGAGAGAAGAUGCGAGAGCUCCCCCUGGUGUCUCUCUUCUGCUCCUGCAUCCUUCCCAAACCCUCAGACACCACCGGCAACAAGAAGGAAGGCGUGGUGGACUUGAACCUGUGUAACAUCCGGGACAUGGAGGUGAUCGAGCUGAGCAAGCGGGCGAGCGGUCAGGCCUUUGAGGUCAUCCUGAAGCCGCCCACCUUCGACGGCGGGCCCGAGCUGACCACACCGCCUCGCCAGAAACCCUCGCUGGAGGAGAUCCAGAAGAAACUGGACGCUGCUCAGGAGAGGAGAAAGUGUCACGAGGCCGAGCUGCUGAAGCAUUUGGCGGAGAGGAGGGAGCACGAGCGUGAAGUCGCUCAGAAAGCUUUGACCAAAGAGCGCCAGGGUCACCGUGCCGACGCCGACAAGGAGCAGAGGCAGAUGCACCUGAAUACCUCGCAGGAACGGCUGCAGGAGGAGGACAAGCACAGUGUGGAGGUGUCUUGAUGGCCUGAUCACAACACAAGCUGAACUUUAUUUGGAAGCCAUUUUGGUGGGCUGAUGAGCUGAGAGUUGAUUAGCCGGGAAGCCGGCGUUGCUCCGACUGGGAGACUGACAGGAAGUUACUCUGAAAAGAGUGAGAGAAGAAGAAGAAUAGGAGGAAGAGGAGAAGGAGGAAGAGGACCGAGGCCGAGUCCGGCCGCUCGACCUCGUCUGUACAACCAGGACUCCUUUUAACGAGAUAAACUGUUUCUAACGAGAAAAACUCUUGAAACUUAAGGACACUGCUGAUUCAGUCAUCAUGAGAUGGUUCACAGGGGUUUUACUGUGCUUUGUUGCCAUGCCAACAGUGCCAAUGUGUUUAUGUGUGUAUGAUUGUGUUUGUACUGAGGAUUCAACCUGACCCAACCAAACCAAACCUGAAAUAGACCAAACUGGACUCAAACAACACAAAUGAAACAAUCCAGAAAAAAGCCAACUAGGCCCUCUUCUUCUUCUUCUACAUCAAAAUGAUCCCUCAAAGAAAAACAUCGGCUGUACGGCCUCAUCCUGUCUGGACAGUUGGAUAAGAAGGAACUGUCGCUGCCUAGAUAGUUAAACAGUUAAACAGCUCCAUCUGCUGGAGAGUUUAGAUCAUUACAUUCACUGUAAAACAGUACGACAUCAAGAAAGGUUUGAUCAGUGAAGUGUUGCUGUUUGGUUGCAUCUCGUGGCAACUGUAUGAAACUACUAAUAUAUCUGCAAACAUCUUUUUCAUGAUGGUUUUUAGCCAGUUUCUAUAUAUCAGGAUUUGACUCAAAGUUUUAAAUGAACACCAACAAGCUUCCAGAUAGAGCCAUUCAAAGUUAGAUAUACAACCCUACCCGUGUUAUUUCCUGUCCUGUCUGGUUUUGGCGACACCAUACGUGUAAACAUCACCUGGUGGAUUCCGGUCUGCAGCUUUUCUCCCUCCUACAAAGCUCAGAUUGGCUCAGUUGUUUUUCCAGAGACCUGUCCCCCCAAGAAAAACAACACAACAGUCGACCAAAAACAACAUGUAGUCACAUUUGAGUGACAGAUGCUAUCUAUGAUGACUUAUAUAUACCGCUGUUUGUUUCCUGUUUCCAACACUUGUCAGGACAGUUUUUUAAAAAGCGUAACCAGGAUCGUCCCCCUAACCUUAACCUCGUGGUUAUUAUUGUUGCCAUGAUGUCGAAGGUGGUCUAACCUUCCACCACAUGUUUCUCUAAUGUUAACAAAGUGAUUAUUUUAACCCAAACCAUUAUCUUUCCCUAAACCUAACCAGACCUGAACCACAGUGUUGUCACAUCAUAAAACAUCAUUAUUGUUUAACAGUGUAACGGUUUUGAAAACCACAGACAAAUGUUGUCCUGCAGAUUACUGCUGAUAGUUGCACCAGAUUAGAAAACGCUCCUGUGUCGUUCUAGACUCACAAGGUCAAACCACAAAUCUACUUGUUUAAUUCGGAGGACUUGUUGUUUUUCCGAAAACUGCAGAAAAUGAAGCCCAAACGUGUUUAAAUGUCUGAACAACUCAAAGAUGUAGACAGCGAUUCAGAACCACAGGAACAACGUUUCACUUUUAUCACAAAUAUCAAUGAAAGAAACCGACAAUGAGAGAUUGAAUCGAAGCUGGUGUAACAGGAAGUGAUGUCAGGACUUCAGCUCUCUGAGUAAACAGUUAGUUAUCUCAUUUGGCUAACAUUAGCUACAUGGCAGAUCACUUAUCACUUAUCAAUCCAAUAAUCAAUAUACCAUCCCCUCUGCUUAUAUGAGUGAGUGAAUAUUAAUGAUGAAUAACUGAUAAUCGAUUGUGUACAGUGUUUACAGCUGCGGCGGUGUGUUUCUGUGUGUGUGUAUGUGUG